CUGCAGACAUAAAAGAUGGCGCGUACUGGUAAUUUCAGUACAUACCUUUGUUUUAUAAUGUUUGUGAUAGGAAUAAAUGCGCAAGGAAUGGACAAUGUCCUUGACAUUAACUGUGACUUGAAAGCGAUGUUAGCAGGAUCCUCGCCUACAAUACAGGAGAUUUGUGGAGACAAUUUUCAGGUGAUUGUUCAUGGAUUGACAAGCAAUACGUACUUAUUUCCAGCUGAAUCCUUUCCAUGGAAAUUUGAAAUGACUCUUGUGACUGAUUUAGAAAACCCAGACAAUAUCAUCAAAUCCACUAAAAUAGUCUCAAUUGAAUUAACAGAAUUAAACCAAGGCGAUAACAUCACUGAUAUCAUUACACACUAUUUGACUGUAACCCUUGGCAACACAGAGUUCCAGAUUCCCGAUGGACAAUGUGACAAUAGAGGUGGAAAGGGAAUUAUGAGGCUUUUCUCCGAACAGUCAGGGUUCGAUGCAGAAUAUGUUGGAAAAGGUUUCUUUAGGGUGAUGUGUGAGUUCUCAGGAGUUGACCUGAAACUAGAGUUACAGACACCUAAUGGCCUGCCAUACACACAGAGUAACAAUACCACCCUCUACAUCGACAAUAUAAAUACAACCAGUGAUCUCUUUUACGCAACAGAUCUUGCCAAUUUAAAGAUAAUUGUCGAUGGCAGCAUACCGCUUCUCGAUCCGGCAGACACGUGUAUAUUUGCCAUUGCUUACCUUACUAAAACACAUGGAAUACAUCCAGUACCUAGCAACCAGCAUUGUACAGAAAUGGGAAUGGAAACCAAGGUUCCAGAGAUGACUUACUACGACAGUCUAAUAGGGGUCCCUAUUUGCUUAUCCAAUUUGAAUAAUGGAGGAGACUUGUUACAGAUGAUAAAAGAAAGUCACCAGAAUCUCAGUGUCUGUGGACAAUAUACCCUUGUUAUUCAAGUGGAUCCAUUGCAUACCUUGCAUAACGAGAUGAGCAAAUGUAAUAACUUUAUAACCUUUGACAUCUAUAUCAACUGUGGCAUGUCACACGGAGGCAUGGCACCUGCUACAUGCGAGAUAAUGAUGGACCCGUUUGGAGGAAGCCCGCAUCAAGAGAUGUUCCAUACUAGAUUUAUAUACCAUAAAGCCAACCAUAAUUAUUCGACCUCUGAAACAUUUCACAAUGUUCGAAUGUUUAGACAGGAGAAACUACAUUGGAUGGAAAUCCAUAAUAACUACAUAGAAAUGCAUGAUGGCCGUAAAUCAAGAUCCGAUCUUCUGAAAGUAUUCAAAACAUAUAUAGAAAACAAGGACAUUGAGAGCAGCUGUAAUGAUCUUGUGGGUGACAGUGACAUUCAAAAUGCUAUAUCAGAAUUAGAAGGAUUAAAUGAAGAUUUGCUGAAAGCCAGUCAAGACAUUAGCAUAGACUUGCUUGUGCCGGCCUAUGUGACAGCAAAGGAGAAAAUGGAUCUGAUGAGCAAUUCUAAGGUUUACAAGUUUCUUUCACAAAAAUGA